AUUAUGGGGAAAUUUGAGUCAAUUCCGGAUUUUUUUGCGGGACGCGAUGUCUUCAUCACGGGAGGAUCAGGGUUGAUUGGGAAGACGCUAAUUGAGAAGAUCCUGUAUUCUUGCUCCAGUGUCAAUAAGAUCUUUGUGAUGCUACGCACAAAGGGUGGACGAAAUGUCGAGGAGAGAUUGGAGAAUCUCAAGAAAUCCGAUGUCUUUCAGCGAAUAAGAACAAAGGCACCGGAUUUAUUUGAUAAACUCGAAGCAGUUGAGGGUGAUAUCUGUGACCUGGGGAUGGGUAUUGAUCUCCUGGCGCCACAGAAGAGAUUUGCAAAUGUUUCAAUUCUCAUUCAUGCAGCUGCAAGUGUGCGCUUUGAUGAUCCCCUGAAGAAGGCUGCCAUCAUCAAUAUUCGCGGCACGAGGGAGAUUCUCAAUUUUGCCGAAACUCUACCCAAUCUCAAUGUCUUCUUCCACACCUCCACAACAUUCUGCUAUCCAGAGUACAAAUUUAUGCAGGAAGAAAUGUACCCAGCAACAGCAGAUUGGCGCAAAGUGUUGGAUAUGGUUGAGAAGUUGGAUGAGGAAGUUAUUUGCGCCAUGGAGAAGAAGAUUAUUGGCCAUCAACCCAAUACGUACACCUUCACGAAGAAUUUAGCUGAGCAUCUGGUGCAUGAGUAUCGGCACACUGUUCCAAUUGUCCUCUAUCGCCCGUCGAUAAUGACUCCAGCCGUGAUGGAGCCUUUUGCGGGGUGGAAUGACAAUGUUAAUGGACCCGUGGGGAUCAUGAUGGCCACUGGGAGUGGCUUGAUCAGGACUCUGUACACCAAUCGGAAAAUUAUCCUCGAUUUCAAUCCCAUCGAUGUGACGGUGAAGGCAAUUAUUAUUGCAAUCUGGCGCCAAGGUUUGCGAACAAGAGAGGAGAUCUUUGCAUCCCCGGAGAUGACAAUCUACAAUGGCUCCUCCGGGGAAACUAAUCCCGUGACGUACUACGAAUUGGCCAUGCUGGGAAAUUCCUGCAUCCCAAUGGUGCCGUUUGACUACAAUGUCUGGCCAAUUAGCUUCAUUGCGACAACGUGGUUCCUUCUCUUCUACAUUCGCAUGGUUUUCCUCCAGAUUGCUCCAUCACUCCUCAUUGAUGGCAUCAUCCGUCUCACGGGACGCCCACCGAUUGUGAUGAAGCUCCAACGACGCCUCUACCUGGCCCAAAUUCACCUGGCCUACUUCAUGAGGCACACCUAUGAGUUUGAGAACAACAACUACAUGUCCCUCCUCAAUGAUCUCCGUGGCAGUGAUGUGGAUGCCUUUGGGUUCAGCUACUACAAGGAUGUCGAUCACAUUCUCUACUUUGUCAUGUGCAUCCUCGGUGCUAGGCGUCACAUCUUGCGCCAGAAGGACGACAGUUUACCCCUGGCUAGACGACGCUUCAAUCAAAUGGUCUUCUUCAGGAACACCCUGCAGACCAUUUUCUACGCCGUCGUCGUGUGGUUUGCCUUCAAUUCCUACAAGAAGUACAUGGCUGUGGUGGGUAAAUGAGUGACCAGCAAUUUUUGCCCGCCCCAAGUACUGCCACGUCUACACACACCACAUGCACAGGGGCAUCCGGGGUCAGGAUAUUCAAUGAACUUACUAUUUGGGGUAAACACAUUGUGCGCUUCUCUCUUCCCAACAAUAUUCCCGCAUUCAAUUCAAGUCUGCAAACUUCUUUUCUUUUUCUUUUCUCCGCAUUUUCUUUCGCACAAAAGAAAGCAAAUUCUGCAAUUUUGUAAUUUUUAUUUUACCAGGAUUUUUGUAAUAAAAAUAUUUUAUGGAAUUAAAAUGAGUUUUAUAAGAACA